UAGAAAACGACUCCUACUUGCUGCGUUUUGACAGCAACGGCUACUUCAGAACUUCAAGUUAUCGUUGCUGCCCGCGUUCUGGUUUUCUCCUCUUCAACAACCAACUCGGCUUUUCCACAACCAAAAAAAGAUGACCUUUCUAACAACCAUGGGUCAACGGAAAAAACAGGUUGACUUGACUUCCUGCGCUGCAAAAAGUCAUUCUCUCUGUCCCAACCCUCCGUUUCCUCUCCCCUGUCCCGACCUUCCCUUGCUCUCCCCUGUGAGGCUAUGACAAUCCCCACAAGCCAUGAUUCCAGCUAAAUCUAUGCAACCUCUCUUCUCUCCAUUCGCAUCUUUAAACCUCCUCUGCCAGCAACCCCCCCUUUCUCUUUUCAUCGCCAAUGAUAGCCUUCCAUUUGCAGCAGUUGCAGCUUUGCUUAUCGACCAAAAAGAAAAUUGCUAGAAAAACCUAGCUGACCCUAAUAUUGAAACUGACAUCAUCUUCGUCGUGUUUUAGUGUGUAAAUAUUGUUGCCAUAUCGGGAGGCUGUAGGUCGUCUGUUCCUGUUUUCAUCAUCUUCAUCUAUUUGGUGAGUAAGCUGCAACAAUGGGAGGGAAGUGUUUCAAAGCAGUGAAAGGAGGAGGAACUCCAGAAAGUCCUGAGCAAGAAUUGAAAAUCCCUCUUCGUGAUAUUCAGCUGGCCACUCAAAACUUCUCCCAGAACUACAUUGGUACAGGAAUGACUUCCAGUGUUUAUAAAUGCCUUCUUCAUGAUAGGGUUGUUGCAGUGAAACGAAUGAAUAUUAUGGUGGGGUACUCUUAUCUGAAGGGUGAAAAGCGCUAUAUUCGAUUUGACUUCGUGUUCGUGGUUGAUGCAAAGGCAUUACAUGAAUUCCAACAUCCAAAGAUCGUCAAGUUUGUUGGAUUCUGCCAGGAAGGGAAUGAGAGGCUUAUUGUUUCUGAGUACAUCAAGGGAAAAAAUCUGCACCAGUGCUUACAUGGUAAUCCAAAUGUAGUUCCUUAUAUUACUUGGAAGCAAAGAUUUCAAAUCGCAGUUGAUAUAGCAGAAGGUAUUCAGUACCUUCAUCAACAAGGAGUAAUCCACAGGCGCUUAAGGUCUACGAAUGUGCUCCUUGAUCAGAAUUUAACUGCUAGAAUAGCAGAUUAUGGUUUCAGAGAAAUCAGAGAAACAUAUACCCAAUCUCGUAUUUGCGACAGAGGACCCAUUUCAGGUGCUCUAGAAUACCUCUGCCCUCAGUACAUGACACUGGGAAUUGCCGGCAAAAACUCUGAUGUCUAUGCCUAUGGCAUUGUUUUACUUGAGUUGUUGAGUGGAAAGGACGCGCUUGGGUUGAUUUAUUGGGUUUCUGAUAGAUUGAAAGAGGGGAGAUAUUUGGAUAUCUGUGACCCUCGAAUUAUUUCAGAGAUUGAUGAUCAAAUAUUCAAAGUAGCUGUUGAUAUUGCUAUGCAAUGCACUGCUGCUAAUUUGAGUGAUAGGCCAGAAAUCUCAGAUGUGGUUGUUGCUUUGGGUGCUUGCCGUAAUGUAGUUGGCUGAAUUGGUUGAACUGAUGGAGAGUUUGAUGAUCAAACAUUCAGAAAUUUCAAUUGCCUUCAAAUUUUGUUCUUUCUUUAGAAAAUGUCAAUUGUUCUUGUGAAGGAAGGUGGUUGUUACAAUUCACGAUGGAGAUCUUCUUGCUUUCCUUUUUGGAAUUAUUUCGGAGGGCUGCUAAGACAUUUUGGUACUCGAAACAAUAGUCAAAUUCUCGAUUAGAUACCUAAAGUUUUUAAAAAAUUCACCAUUAAAUACUCAAAGUAAAGCAGUGUGUUUAAGAUUUACAAGGAGCAUCAGACCUAGGGAGGAUGUAAUGGAGCAGUUGUAGGAAUUUGCUGCUCCCUUUACAGGAGUUGGACGGGAGAAACAGUCAAUCAGCAGCAGGCCAUGGCAAACUAUUUUAAAAGAAGUGAGUGAAGAUCUUACAACUUGAUUUAUUGGCAAUUUUAGUUACUGUUUAAGUGUUACUAUUGGGCAUUAAACAAAUUCCCUCAACUUCAUUUAUUAAGUAGAUUACUAGCCAUGUUCAAGAUACUGUAAGAUUUUGAUCUUGUUGUGUUGUAGUCUGCAGUUGCUAUGAAAGAUUCUAAGUUUCAUUUCCGAGAAUCAAAUUAGGCUGCAGUCUGUCAAAUAAAUGCUUCGACUUUCAGUUC